CCCAAUCCUCCCCGGCCCCAACCAACACCUACCACCUCACCACUCAUUCUUGUACAAUCUCCGUAUUUUCCUUUGUGUGUAUAGUAGAAAGAAACAGAGCAACAAAAAAAAUGGGAGCUAACAAGUUUGCUACCAUGUUAUACAGAAACACCAACAAGAUCACUCUUAUUCUGAUUUAUGCAGUUUUGGAAUGGACUUUGAUAGUACUUCUUCUUCUCAACUCUCUUUUUUCCUAUCUGAUCAUCAAGUUUGCAGAGUAUUUUGGUCUAAAACCACCAUGUUUAUGGUGUUCUCGAGUUGAUCAUCUGUUUGAUCAUAGAAAAAACAGGAACAUACAUAGAGAUCUUCUUUGUGAGGCUCAUGCCACGGAGGUUUCCAAAUUGGGAUUCUGCUCAAAGCAUCAAAGGCUAGCUGAAUCACAAGAUACGUGCGAGGAUUGCUCGUCCGCUCGCCCUGGUUUUCUUGGCGUUUCUGAUAAUUUCGCCUUUUUUCCAUGGAUUAAAAUGAUAGAAAAUGGCAAGGAAAUGACACUGGAAAAUGGUGGUGAGGUGGCUUUGAAUUGUUCUUGCUGUGGUGCGAGCUUGGAGACCAAGUUUUCAACUCCUUAUAUGUUGAUCAAACCUUGUUGGGAUGAUUUGCAAUAUACACACAAAGGAAAUUUGAUCAUUGAGGCUAAUGAUCUUUUCGAAAAAGGUGAUGACUUGGAUCAAAACAGAUCAGAUUAUGCUGCAAGGGAUGAAGAUAAAAUCGAGAAAAAUGGUGACAGUCAGCUCCUUUCUUCUGAUGUUAAAAAGUUGGAAGGUGAAAAAGUACAUUUAAUUCUUGAAGAAGUGACUGAAUACAAAGAAAAGAUGCUGAAAGAUGAAGGUGUUCAAGCUUGCGAGAUUGAGGAUGUAGCUCUUGAAAUUCCCCCUCAGCAUCUGGAAUUCUUCAUUGAUUGCAGUGGUCAUAUGUUGGUCCCCGUCGAAUUAAUCCAUUCAGCAAAUGAAGAAGAUGAGAGUAGAAGUCAAGAGAAGGAUGAAAAUCAAGAUGUCAAGGAAGAGGUUAAAGCAGUUGUGGAGGAAGAGGCUGAAGUUUGUUUGGGAGGGAGUGAGAGGGAGCCUGAAUUUGCAGUUGUAUCUAUGGAGAAUGAUUUGGUUUUCUAUGCCAAAGAGGUUUAUGAACAAUUUGCCAUCGCUGAAGAAGCAUCUAGAUAUCACCAAGUUCAAAUUCUUGCAGCUAAGGAAAGGGAAGAAGAGAAAGAGGAAAAUUCAGAUGUUUCACCAGAAGAAGUUUCUGAAAUGCCAAACAAUGAAACUGAUGGAGAAGUGUCAAUUGGGACUGAAAUUCCUGAUUUGGAUCAAGCAGAUGAAGCACUUACUUCAUAUAUACAUGAACAACCUUCCGGAAAUUCUGCUCAUUUCCAUCAAGUACAAGUUUAUGGUCAUAAAGAAUAUCAAGAAACAGAAGUAGAAUUGAGAACAUUAUCUGUUGAUUUGAGUGGACAUAGGAUGAACAACCCGUCCUCAAUCUGCUCCAGCUUAAAUGAGACUGAAGAAAAUAAAGUUCCCGAUACACCAACUUCUACUGAUAGCUUCCAUCAGAAAUUGCUACUUGUUGAGAAGAAAGAUUCAGAUUCUCUGGAUGGAAGUGUGGUUAGCGAGUUAGAGAGUGGAGAUACAAUUUCAACAGUCGAACAUCUGAAAUCAGCAUUAAAAGCUGAGAGGAAGGCUUUACAUUCUCUGUACACAGAAUUGGAAGAAGAGAGAAGUGCUUCUGCUGUGGCUGCAAGUCAGACAAUGGCUAUGAUCAAUAGGCUUCAAGAAGAGAAAGCAGCAAUGCAGAUGGAAGCUUUGCAAUACCAAAGAAUGAUGGAAGAACAAUCGGAGUACGAUCAAGAAGCCUUGCAGCUAAUGAAUGAGCUUAUGGUGAAGAGGGAGAGGGAAAAGCAAGAGUUAGAGAAAGAAUUGGAAGCAUAUAGGAAAAGAUUAUUGGAAUAUGAGGCAAAGGAGAAGAUGAGGAUGUUGAAGAGAAGCAAGGACAGUAGCACAUACUCCUCUGAGGAUAGUGAUGGACUCUCUAUUGAUUUGAAUCAAGAAGCAAAGGAAGAUGAUAGCUUUUUUUGUCACCAACAAGGCAUGAAUCAUAGCACUCCUGUUGGUGCAGUUAUAAAUUUGGAGGAAUCAUUGGUUGAUUUCGAGGAAGAGAGAAUGGCGAUUCUUGAGCAGCUAAAGAUUUUGGAGGAAAGACUUGUCAGUUUGGAUGAUGAAGAUGCAAAACAUUUUGAGGAUGUUAGGCUGAUGGAAGAUUCAUAUCAAGAUAAUGGAAACCAUAUAGAGGAAGAUUCUCAUGCCAAUGGUUUCUUCAAGGAAAUUAAUGGGAAACAUCAUCAUAUUCAUGAGAGAAGAAUUGUGAUUGCUAAGGGAAAGAGACUUCUUCCUCUAUUUGACUCAAUGAGUGAUGAAAAUGGAGAUGGUACACUAAAUGGGGUUCAUGACUUUGAUUUAGAGAACAAGAAGCUAGCUGUGGAACAAGAGUUGGAUCAUCUCCAUGAAAGGCUACAAUCCCUUGAGGCAGAUAGGGAGUUCCUAAAGAACUGUGUAAGCUCGUUGAAGAAAGGCGAUAAAGGCAUGGAUCUUCUUCAGGAAAUCCUACAACAUCUUCGUGAUCUAAGGAACGUCGAGCUUCGUGCAAGAAGCUUGAGUGAUGGUACCAUACUAUAGUCAACUUCUUGCUCCAUUACCAUGCCAAAGAAGAUAACUUGAGAAUGAUCUCGGAGUAUAUUGGCAGCUACUUUGCUUUAAAAAAAAAAAAAAAAAUCAAUGAGACAAUUGAUCAAUCUACGAAUAGCUGAUAAAAAUCUGAAGUCAUGGUGAAAACAAUUCGGCAAAAGGAAAUCCCUUAAUUGAGAGGGAAGCUCCUGGAAAUGGUUAAUGUCAUUUUUGAAAAGUUAAUCCAACAGUUUUUUGUGGGGUUGGGUCAAAAUCUCCACCUCUUUUGGGCAAAAGGGGCGGAUGAUGAAUGUAUGUGCUUGUAGACUAGGUAUAGAGUAAAGCCACCCUGUCUUUUGCAUGUUGUCAAAUGGAAAAGAAUGCCUGGCUUGCAAAGCUGGGGAGGUCCAACAAAGACUCCAGUGCCAGGUACUCAAAAAGUCUUUUUUAUUUUUAUAGUUGUAGACAAUUAGGAGUAAAAGAAUUUUUUUGUUUUUUGAAUUUUAAGAGGGUAAUGAUUAAAUGGGUAAGUAAGUUCCUUUUCUUUAUCCUUUAUCUUUUGCAUCAUUUCAUCAUAUGAGGUUUGUUUAUUAUUUUGGAAGGCAGAGUUGUCUAGUUGUAUACAAAAUGUAUCCACUUGUAAGUAUAUAUGAAGUGAGUGUUUUGUUUGUUUCA